GUGGAAGCUGCAGAGGAGGCGUCCGAGCCAACCAAGCUCGACGCAGCGCAAGAGACGCUGGGGCACCCAGAGGUGCCGCCAGAGGACGUCCAGCAGGAGCACGAGGUCUACCAGCAGCCAGCCCCGCAGCAGGCGGAGCCCGUGACCGAGGAGGCGCUGCAGGAGGAGACGCCCGAGCAGCCCGCAGCUCGGCCCGAGGAGGCCCUGGAGCCCCCUCCGCAGGCAGAGCCCGUGGAGGCGGCGGCGGUGGAGGCCGACGGGGCCCCUGCGACGCCCGAGGAGGCGCGGGAGGCCCCCGGGCAGCCGGCCGCGCCGCCCGAGGAGGCGCCGGCGGCGGCUCCGCGGGCGGAGGCGGCAGCCGAGGAGGUGGCGGAGGCCGUGGAGCAGCCGGCGCCUCCCGCGGAGCUGGAGGCGCCGAGCGAGGAGGCGCAGGGCCUGCGCCAGGAGCUGCUGCGCCUGCAGGCCGCGCUCCGGGACGCGCAGGCGGCCGAGGCCGCGCUGCGGCAGGACUUCCAGCGGUCCCAG